CGAGAACCCGAACACUGGUGCAUACAAACGAUACCAUUUAGAGUACGAUGGCUUGAGCUAUUCUCAUGUAAGAGCUGAUGAAGGUUGUGUGCGUGCAAUGUCGGAUCCGUAAGGUGCGGUGCAAAGGAGAGCAACCAGCAUGUAGCAACUGCAGGCGCCUCAAAUUCCCCUGUUCUUUCAAACGGAUUGCAACAGAACCUGCCUCUGUGGAGCAGGCCUUUGAUGCACCACGCAAAUGUCGAGGCUCUCGCGCGUGUGCGGCCUGUCGUUCCCAGAAGACGCGUUGCUCUGGAGAGAGACCGGCUUGUUCGAACUGUGAGCGACGUGGCAGGCCUUGUGUUUACAGAAAUGAAGAGGCGCAGAAUGCUAUAGUCAGCGAUAUAAAUGGAUCUUUACCACCGAUCCCAGAUAUGGACGGCUCUUCAGGGCUAUUGCACUUGCAAGCAAAAGGGCGUACUCUUGAUCCAAGGUGCGGUUCUGCAGACACACUGGCUACUACAGACCGCAUGUCUAAUCUGAUAACAAUUUUCUUUGAACGGAUUUUUCCACUGCCAUCUUAUUCUUUCCUUCACCCCGCAACGGUGAAGAAACGCUUCCAGGAAGGGGUAUUAGAUGAAGCUUUAAAGCUUACGAUAUGCGCUAUCACUAAACUGUAUAUCUGGGGUCGCUCUUCAUCCAGUGACACAUGGGCCGAUGAAAGUCAAGAGCUUCUAUUACAGAACAUAUCUCGACCAUCCGUCUUGCACCUUCAGGCAUUACUGCUCCUCGUUCGAUAUCGUGCAGGAGCGGGAGACUUUUCCAGUGCUUUCUUGCUCGCUGGGCUUGCCGCACGUUCAGCAGUUGGCUUGCGACUCAACUAUGAUCGCUCCGAUCUUGGUCCUAUAGCGCAGGAAGUUCGACGGCGAACGUUCUGGUCCCUGUACUUACUGGAUGAUAUAUUCAGUGUUGGCUUGGAAGAUUUCGAACUAUGCCGACCAGAAAUUAUCCAUCUUCAAUUACCAUCGGACGACAUCGACUUCAUGAGAGAGCGUUACAUCCGGACGGGCUCCUUAGAGUCAGAUGGUGAUGAUGGAUCUGACAAUAUCGGUUUCCGUGGGCUGUUCUUAAGGGUAGCAUUCAUUCGACGAGCUAUUAUGAGAUUCAAUCGUAAGGUCCAAUCUGGAUCCUUUGACCCCUCUACACUUUCUAUGUCGACGGAGCGCUUCUCAAAACAGCUAGGGACCAUGGAAGCACAAUUGAAAUCACUUGAUAUGUCUACAAUGAUAGAUGUCGCAGACGAUAGAUGGGACCCUCCUAUAGUGAUGCUUCGCCUGUCACUACACCAAUCCUACUGCGAUCUAUAUCGCAUAUUCCUGACUGGGUACCCCGAGGCAGCACCGCAGUCUGCCAUUGAGCAGAUUUCCCUCCCGGACAGGGAAGCGAUGCAGGAUAAAUGCCUGCACCAUGCUCACGCUAUUUCUCAGACUCUUGUGGAUUUCGCAGAAAGUCGUGAAGGAACUCAAAUACUGGAUUAUGAUGCAGCAGUCUGUACUUACCAUAGCCUACGAUUGAUGUUAUUCUUCGCUUCCACACGACCAGGCUACUCUAGGAUUGAAAAGCAGACUGUCAUUGAGAGAGCGAAGGCUUGUGUGAACAUUACUCUCCAGUUAUUCCAUUUCCUUGAACCUGUAAAGCCAAUGAUCGCGGACCUAGAAAGACUACUCCACUGUACAACCUCUUCAAUGCUAGCGGCUUUCUCUCCACCUCCAAUCCUGCAAGUCCCGCAAGCAGCAAAGGUAGCUAGGGAGGCAUCGACGCGGCAACGAUUGUCAAUUCACAGUUUGCUACAUCAAGCUGAUUUUGUCGAUGACAGUCCACAAGCGGCUGAUUCUGCAGCUGAUAACAUCCCUCUUGCAAUGUCACAUGUGUGCAAGAAUAAUAGGGCCGGCAAUACUUCCGAUGGCUCGAUUGGCCCAUCCUAUUCUUCAAAUCCAAGGAAUCCUGAACCACAUAUGGGACCAUCGAGUCUGAUUUUUAAUGCAUGGAUGGGGUUCCCUAGCGUAGAAGAAAGGGCUGGGCAGUUGGAGGGGUUUGCAGAGGAUUUCUGAAGAGAAGGGUGUUUGGAGGUGGUGUGUCUUGCAUAGCUAACUAAGACAUCCAGCGUCCGUAAUGGCUAAGAAUCUAGGUAGUGCAAUACAUAGUUCGUUAAAGCUUGAAGCUAACUUGGCGAUUUCCCACAUCUACGUCACUGUCCUAUCUACCUGUCAUGUGAUCGGAAUGUCGCG